AUGUCUUUUAAAGAAAGGGAUUUACUUUAUCGUCUAAUUAUAAGGUAUCUUGCUUCUGUUUUUCUUCACACUUUCAGCCAACUGUUUUACGAUGGUUAUCAGACCUUGGCAAUGAAUCUGAUGAAUCUCGUAAGUCCAUCAAACGCAUGUGGACCGUCCAAUCGUCUUCUGAAGUUGGUUAAGGCAGGUCUCUCCGUAUCUGAUGGUUCGACGAUGGCCCCAGAAGCAGCGUUGUACGAGACCUGUUACGUCACCGCACACAAGGCUGCUUGCCGCGCUGCAGCUUUUAAUAGCACAGGUCAAUUGGUGGCUACAGGUUCGCACGACUCUUCGAUCAAGAUCCUGGACGUCGAACGGAUGCUUGCCAAAAGUGUUACGGGGGCAGAUCAUGGCAACCAGGAGACCCCACAGCAACAGAUGGAGACGCAUCCAGUAAUUCGCACUCUGUAUGACCAUACAGCGGAGGUCACAUGCGUUGACUUUCAUCCCGAUCCCUCCCUCCAAAUCCUUGUCAGUGGAAGUAAGGAUUACACUAUAAAGUUUUUCGACUUCUCUAACCCCUCCGUCAAGAAGGCGCAACGGAGUAUUCCCGAAGCCUCACCAAUCAAAACGCUGCAUUUCCAUCCCUCUGGCAACUACCUUCUCGUAGGCACACAACAUAAGACUCUACGCCUUUACAACGUGAAUACCUGCCAGUGCUACGUGUCUGCAGUGCCCGAGGAUCAGCAUAAUGGUGCUGUGACGAUGGCGCGGUGGGCGCCGAACGCAAACUACUUCGUUACUUCCAGUGUGGAUGGCAGCUUCAAGCUUUGGGAUGGCGUCUCGGGUCGUUGUGUUUCUACUUUUGAGUCCGCCCACGAUGGGGCUCCCGUCUGCUCUGCCGUAUUCUCGCGGAAUUCGAAGUAUGUACUUACCUCCGGUAAAGACUCCAUCGUAAAGCUGUGGGAGCUCUCAACCAGUCGGUGUCUAAUCAGUUAUACCGGCGCCGGCACCGUAGGCCUUCAGACUCACCGCUCAAUGGCGGCCUUCAACCACACUGAAGAUUAUGGUAAAUUAACUUCUCAUUCCUUAUAUUUUUUAAUUAUCGAUUUUUUUUAA